AUGGGGAUCGUCCAGAGUUUCCUGCCCCGGACCUGGAAGGACAACAGCGCUGUAGGGCCAGCCAUGGUAAUGGAUGAGGACAGCUUGAUGAUCCCCAUCACUGAAGAUGUCUAUGAAUUUCUUAAGAAAAGAGAGGACUGUCUAAGUAAUCUCAUUUUCAAAACGUUUGCUUGUCAGUUGAUCUUCAAAAGUACAAAUUGCACUGCUGAAGUAUACAGGAAAAAAAUAAAGGAGGGAGUUGACGUAUGUGUUUGUAAGGAUGAUCUCACAAGACACAAGGCAGAUGCUUUGGUGAAUGCAGCCAACGAACGCCUGAGUCAUGACGGGGGCCUCGCGCUCGCCCUUGUCAGUGCUGGAGGGCCAGAAAUACUACAGCAAAGCAAGCAUCAUAUUGUAAAGCAUGGCCAACUCAAAACUGGUGAAAUAGCAGUGACAGAUGGAGGGAGGCUGCCUUGUAAGAAAAUUAUUCAUGCAGUUGGUCCAAAGUGGAAUAUUUAUGACAAGGAAAAAUGUUGUAGCCUACUUCAGGAAGCUAUUAGGAAUGUUCUGCGGUAUGUUUGCGAUCCAGAACAUCGUAUAAAGUCUGUUGCCAUCCCAGCAGUGAGUUCAGGUAUUUUUGGCUUCCCACUCAGUUUGUGUGCUCAAGUGAUUGUAAUGGCUAUAAAGGAAUUUGUUGAGGCAAAUCCAUCAGGCUGUCUGAGGGAAAUCCGCCUGGUGAACAUUCUUCAGCCAACAGUUGCAGAAAUGAAGAAGGCCUGUGAAAAGUUUCUGGGUGGUACCAACUCAUUUCAGGAAACUCUUCCAGCUUUACCCAGCCAGCCUUCAUCAACUUUCAUCAAAUAUAAAGGCUUUCGCUUGCGCAUCAUAAAAGGAGUCCUUGAAGAGCAGCAGACCAAAGCUGCUGUUCAUUCUGUGCAUGUGGAUGGCAAAGGCUACCCUCCAGUUUCAAGAGGACUGCUGGAGAAAGCGGGUUCAGCUCUUCAGAAUGAACUUAAGUCUUCUUUUAGACACUCUACGUUUUAUAAGGCACUCAUAAAAACCAAAGGAUAUAAUCUGCCCUGUGAUGUGGUACUGCACAUUGUAUGGCCCCAACACCAGCACAGAGUGUUAGUGUGCGAGGAAUUAAAAGCUGCAAUGACAAGAUGCUUGGAUUCUUUAAGGGAAUUGCAAUGUUCCUCAGUUUCUUUUCCAGCAAUAGGGAUUUGGUCGGAAACGUUGUGUGCUGGGAUAGUGGCACAGAUCAUGGUUGAAGAGGUUUUAAAUUUUGCCAGGGCAUACCCUGAGAUGGAGAUGAACGUGCAGUUUGUCAUUGGCCCAAAUGAUUAUGAUAUCUAUCAGAUUUUCCAGAGACAGUUUAUUUCAGCAGCACAAAAACUGGAAGAAAUGACAUCUUACAAGAUAAGUGAUCACUUGAGUGCAGAGUCAGGCAGUAAAAGAGUAGAAGAGACUGCAAAUACCAAAUCAGCUAUCGAACUUAAAGGGAACACACGUACAGCAAUGGAAGCAGCAGAAUCAUGGAUCCAAAGUGUGCUACGAAUUCAGGAAAGUCACUGUGCUGUUAUUGAAAACAACUACAUUUUUAGCUUUGGUAGAAGUGAGUUUGCAGAACUGUCUCAGAAGCAGUAUUCUAGUGUGUGCAUAUCACAAAAAGUGCAAGAUGGAAAAGCAAGACUGGAAUUUCAGGGCCCUCCUGGUGCUGUGAUUGAUGCAGUGCUCACCACUGAAAAAUUACUGCUUCGUAUGCAGGACGAGACUGCAGCCCAACAAGAGGAACUGCUGAAACUAAUAUGCAAACCAGAAACAGGUCAGCUUUCAGGACACCUUCACAAGAAAAUUACUAUUGAAGACAUCCAGAUUUCACUGGUGGAAUCACACCUGCAGGAGUUUAAAGACAGACAAAAACAGUUUGAAAAAGCUGGGCUUCGUGUUCUCAAGAUUGAAAAGAUAAAUAAUCCUCUUUUAUCUGCUGCAUUCCAACAAAUGAAAAAAACAGCAGAAGAAAAACAUGGUACCUCCAAAAUAAGCCACAAGUUGUAUCAGCGUGUUCCUCCUCAGUUCUUGACCUCAGUGUGCCUAACUGGAUUUCACAGGAUGUAUUCUCCACCAACAGAACAAAAAUAUGGAGCUGGCAUCUACUUUAAAAGGAACCCCAAAAGCCUAAUUGAGGGUAGAAAUGUAUGGGAAACAGACUCUAAGAUGUACGUGUUUGAGGCUGAUGUAUUAACAGGCUUGUACACUGAAGGCAUGUCAUCCUAUAUUAUGCCACCAGCAGUGAAGGGGGAUGCCAUUAAGUUAUAUGACAGCUUGGUAGAUAAUGUAAACUGCCCUGACACCUUUGUCAUUUUCAACAGUAUUGGGGCCCUUCCACAAUAUUUGUUGACUUGUUCCCAAGUGAGGCACCAUGUAUCAGUACAGUAG